AUGUCUGAUACUUCAUCAACUAGUAGUGAGGAAUAUUCCUGCCUAACAGAGCGGUUGUUAGAUUUUGAUGAUAUGAGCGAGGAUGAUAUGUUGAACCCAUAUGGAAUGACUAGAAAACUUGUAACACUUGUCCCGGUCAUAUGCGCAGCAACAAUGAUAGACAUUAAAAGACCUCGUGAUGGCUCUGUUCCUGGAAGGCGUGUCAUUCACCGCGAUAGAAUUCCUCGGCAUAGGAUUAUUAUUCAUGACUACUUUAAAGGGGAAAAAUCAAGGUACAUAGUUGAUCAUUUUCGACGUCGUUUUAGGAUGGACAUCAAUCUUUUUCUUCGUAUCUUAUAUGAUAUUCGUCAGUAUGAUGAUCACUUCACUCGUAAGGUUAAUGCUGUUAAAAUGGAAGGAGUAAGUCCUUUACAAAAGAUGGUUGCAGCUGUUAAAAUGCUUGCAUAUGGUUGCGCCACUGAUAACCUUGAUGAAUAUGUCCAAAUUGGCGAGAGCACUGCAAUUGAAUGUCUCAAGCGUUUUUGCGAUGCUAUAAUUGGUAUCUACGAAGAAAAAUAUCUAAGGAAACCAACUGAAACUGAUAUUGCAAUGUUGCUGAAGGAAGGUGAAGAUCGUUGCUUUCUCGGAAUGAUUGGAAGUCUUGAUUGUAUGCACUGGCAUUGGGAAAAUUGUCCAACGACUUGGCAUGGUACGCACACCAAUGGGUUCAAAAGAGUCGCGACUCUCAUUUUAGAAGUUGUGGCAUCUCAGAGUUUGUGGACAUGGCAUGCGUUCUUUGGAAUGUCAGGUUCGAAUAAUGAUAUUAAUGUUCUCGAUAGGUCUCCUCUAUUCGAUGACAUCAUUAACAGAGUUGCUCCUGCAUGUCAUUUCACGAUUCAAGGCAAUCAAUACAAUAUGGGAUACUAUCUCUCUGAUAGUAUUUACCCAAAUUAUGCUACUUUGAUCCAGACAAUUUCUAAUCCUAAUAAUGAAAGAGAACACUUGUUUGCAAAAAGACAAGAAGCUGUUAGAAAGGACGUGGAACGUGCUUUUGGAGUCCUGCAAAGCAGAUGA